ACGGCGCCCGCAAGUUAGCCUUGAGGAAUUUAGUUUCCUUGAAAAGAUUUGCAGAAAAACUAAGCCGGAGGAAAGGACCUGGGCUAAGUUGGUGAAUCCGAAGACCAUACAUUGGUACUGUGACGGUCCUGAGCCCACCCAAGAGGCUAUUAGAUACGACGAGCGAGUUCAUAGACAGAUGGAAGACGCAAAAAGGAGAGCUUUAAUUAAAUCUCAAGCCGUCAAGAAGAAGGAAUCCGGCGAGGUGGUACCUAAGGGGUCGGCUUCAGCCCUGAAGAGGAAACCGACAUCAAAAUCUGACCGUCCGUUUAAGCAACCCAAGAUCUCUCUUGAACCUGUGGUUGGCUUGAUGGCUGAGGGUGCCAAGAUCGUCACCCCAGCUAAGCAUGGGACGGGAAAAGGUUUCAUGACGGCCCCAGACUCUAAACAAGAGAGACCUCCUCCCCUCCUCCGUGACGACUCCAAGUAUGCGUUGGAGAAGCUGUCGUCCAUUAUUACGGCGGAAGAUUAUGAGGAUCUGGGAAACCACUCGACGGAGGCUAUGGGAGAGACGGGCCUCUUUGCUGUUGCUCAGUCCUUGGUCAUGAUGAAGGGAUUACUGGACCGGUGUCUCAAUCGUGAGACUACUUUGGACCGGGUGCGAGCAAAGGCGGAACAGACGGAGGAAGAGCUUGGUCAACUCCAUAAAUGGAGGUCCAAUAUGGAGAAGAAGCUGAAGCUUUCUGAGAAGGCAAGGAAAGAGCUGGAGCAGAAGUCGGACGAGGCGUUGAUGGUUAUAGAGAAGAAGGAGAAGGAGAUCAAGGAACUGAAGGAGGAGAUCCGUCAUGCUAAAGAGGUAGCCGUCAAGGAGUACCGCGACUCAAACUCCUUGUUGAGCGAGCUGGCAGACUCUUUCCUGCAAGGCUUUGAUGACUCGCUCCGUCAGGUCAAGAAGGCCUACCCCGAACUGGAUGUGUCAAUGAUCAAAGUUGACGACCAAGGCCAGACUUCUGCUCUUCCCGUCGCUUCCGAAAAUACAGAGGACCUCUUUGGAGACAGUACAGCUCAGGACGACGGAGAGUCAACCUUGCCGAAGGAUGUUCCGGAUGCCGACCCGAGGAAAGUUGAUUGAAAUUCUGUAAUUCUUAUAUUUUGAGGACAGUUUGUUCCUGUUUGGAGUGGUAGGCUAAAAUGUGUAAUUUAAACAUUUAUUUCUGUUUUAUGUCAGCCUUCAUAUCGAACAAUGUUUUUUCCUUUGAUUACGUUUAUGCAUAUUUUCGUUGUUGAUUGAGCAUUUGCAUCCGUGAGGAUUUUCC